CGGCAGAAAUUUCUGCCACUGGCAUUUCGCCCGGCGGUGUACCCAUUCUGCCGUAAAAUCGGAGGCCCUGGUCUGUGCUCGCUAUCGAUCACACCACACCUGGAAUCAUUUCUUUGCAAAACAUCUUCCUCCAAGCAAAUCCCACAACACAAUGUCUUUGAAAGAAGCUUACACACUGGCCCACACGGCACAAUGUCGACUCCAGAUAGCAGCCAGCAGGCCAGACCGCAAUCUGCGCUUCGUUGUUGGCCAUCUCAUGCACUACGAGUCUUUGCGAUUACGCAUUGUCGAGAUCGAGCACCAUAUUUCCAAGAGCAACCGGACAAGCUCCGUCGCAUUCAAGGGAACUGGCCAUGUAGAUCACCGACUCCAACAUAAACCAUCGACCGGCCAACUCGGACGAACGUCACCGCCUCCACCACCUCAGCAAUACGAUUACGACACGGAUUCGGAUGAUGAAGAUGAUGUGGACUUGGACGAUGAAGCAGAUGAUGGCCUUUCGCUGGAGCGAUUCCCAUCAGCUGCAGCGAAACCUGCUUCACAUGCAGAGCCCUCUCCUACAGAGCCGCCGGAGCUGGAAUCCGACGACGAAGACUACUCAGACGAUGAGGAGGAGCCCAGAUCACCCGAACAGCCGACCCAAGAUGAAUUACAACGGACGAUCAAGGGCCACGGAAAUGAGCUUCUGGCAACCGAGUACGAAGCAGUCCGCAAAUGUGCCUGUCAUGGCAAAACAGACGCUCCAUCUUUCGAUCGCAUGUGGGAACUGCCAUCUGACCAGGCGAACGCAAAGGAGCGCGUCACACGCGCAGUCGCACGAGUGAGCACGGAACCGGCGGCACCUCAAUCAGUGUGUUCGAAGCUCGACCAGCGAUCGCAGCAGGAAGUUGCAGCUUGACACCGCCGAUCACUCAGGCGGUCAGUAGAGUCAGCCUGGCGAGAGCGAAUGCGCUCGGGGAGCUGCAUUCAUUCCCCAUUCGGAAAAUGGAAUUCGGACCUUUAUCACAGCGAGCUUUGCGACAUCGGACCUUGGCAUAUACGGAGUUGGAGAUAUCAUUACAUGACAUACGAUAGCGAGGAGUGCCUCAUGGUAUAAUGACGAUAAGGAUGAGUAUACAUGGGCCUGGAGUUGACUGACCAAAGUCGACGGGUCCUCGACAUGAAAAUGGCGUUGGAAUGUUUUCACGAAGCAGCCCCAAUUGGAGCUCUUGGAAUGAUACCCAUAAUUGCUUGCGGCGACGACACAAAUUGCGGAGGACUGUUCUCCUCUUGAAGAUGCCCAAAAUCAUAGUAGCUCGAAGAAGAAAAUAAAGACUCUCAACUCGUAC